AUGAAGUUGCCAACAAUCAUAUCGGCCCUCUCAGCACUCCUCACCAUAUUUCUAACCUCCUGGUCUACUCCCACCUCCGCCAUGCCUAUACAUUUGCAUCCCGACAAGACGAGCAAUACUCCGCAAACGAGAACUCUCGGCGGCAUCCUCAUCUGUAACGGUCCUAACGCCUCGCAAAUGUGUGCCUAUAACGUCUACAAAAUGGAAACUUGCUACAGCCUGCCGGAACAGUUCUUUCGGAAUACCAAUACAUUCGCGCCGGAUGAAGGGGAGUGGUAUUGUUAUCCUUAUAUCUUGAACCCCAUCGGUCAACUCAACAGCAUGUCUUGCGGAGAAAUCUGCACCUCACCCGAAGGCUGUACUCUCGGCGGCGUGUCCUCCCAAUAUGAGCAUAGGUUCAACCUCAGCGCUGUGGGAUGGGACCAUUAUAUCUCCUCGUUCGAGUGUCACUUGGGUGUUACUCCGUCUGUACCGUAGUUGUCCAUCCCAUGGCUAGGGCCCGGACUUGGGUGAUGAGGUUCCAUAACUGGCGCAAAGGAAACGGGAGAAGACUGAUGAUUGACGAUUGUUGAAUAUCCCUUUGGCGGGGUGAGCAGUAGUGUGGUGGGAGAUGUGUGAUAAUGGCGGAAAAUGAAGAUACCCUCAAC